GGACAACAAAGCCAAUGCAAACAAUGAGUCAGACUCCCAAACGGAGGAGGAGGAAUGCUGCAUUUAUUCAGUGAUGUGUCUGUAAUUAAAGAUUUGCCGUGCAUAAUAUAAUGAGAAAAUGAACCCUGUCCCACAGUCUGCAGCUGUCUAUUUAAAUUAGGCUUGAAAAAGAAAGGGCUGCUGUCAAACUCAGGGUUACAAUUGAAAACAUCUGACUCAACAAACCACAGAAUAGAGUGUUUUUGUUUUCACUUGGGAGGAAAAAGACGCAGUUGCCAUGGUCUGCACAGGAGAAAACUGAUCAUCAAUGUUCAUCGGAUAAGGUGUUUUUCUUGAUUUGAUUCAUUAAAUAUAUAUUAAUCUGGUCUCUUAUACUCAAAUUGUGUCCUCUUUAUCUUUUGUUGCUGUUGUUUUUUAAGCUGGUGUUUCCCUCCUCAGCAUCCUCCACCUGCAGUUUCCGAUCUGCUGAUUUUGUUAUUACCUACAAGGUGCAGAGGAACCUCCUCGUAACCAGCACCAACCAGAGGAAGAGAAGCACAGAUGGUCCUUCUCCUGUCAGCUUCCAGCCAAAGUCAGUUUCUCAAACUAGAUGCGGCUCCAGUAGUAAUAAAGAAAACUGCUGGAACAGGGAAGUGUUGGAUAGGGUGACUUACGAGGUUCCAGAGGAGAAACUAAAAUGGAAAAAUAAUCCUGAAGACGAGCCGUAAAGGGGAAGGACAUAAUCGACCCAAACCUGGUGGUUGUAAAAUAAUUUCUGCUUUGGCUCUGGGAGACACCAACCUCCUGCUUAUGGCAAAACUAACAUUUUAUGCGUCGUCUCAGUUGGUUAAAACUUCAUGAUUCAGUUAAACUCUCCACAUCAUCACCAAAAACAAAAGCCUACAAUAUGUACACAUUGUUUCCUGUUUCAGGGGAAAUUCCUUUGAAAAUAUAUGACCAAUCAAGAUAAACAUUUAUUGAAAGAUGGAAGCUAUCAUGGCAACAAUAACUUGGAAUAUUUUUUUAAAGUCAUUUACAUAAGAAAUGAAGAUUUACAUGCAAGGAGGUUUAGUUUUUUGUUUUCUACACAAACACCUACAUUUCUAAUCUUCAGUCCAACUCACCUCGUGAUUAAUUAAUCUAUUUAUUUAUUCAUGUAUUUAUUUAUUUAUUAAUCAUUGGAUGGAUGGAUUCAGCAAAAAUAACUAAUUAGGGCAAAUUUUAUUACUCUAACUUAUCACUUAUUUCUAAAAUAUUUUGUUGUUGAUAUUUACAGAUGCCUGAUUCAUUUUCCUUUCCAUAUUUUUCUGUAUCUCUUCUCACAAACGUUUCACCUGGUGGAUACAGAAAAAUGAAUACUCCUUUCUGUUGGCUUGUUUUUACGAAACAAAACAAAAACAAGUCGAUUUGUUGUGACAAGAAUCCUAAAAAAUGUAGUCUGCUAUAUGUUUUCAUUUCUGAAACAGGAAACCCACAGAUAUUACAGGUGCAACGUGAACGCCUCCAGGGGAACAGGUGAGUGUGUAGUCCGUCCCCGCGUUGCCAGGGCUGGGUGAGUGUGUGACAUCGGCUCUGCCUCGCCGUGCGCAGGGUGGAGGAGCUGUCCAGGGUGCUGACACGUCAGACUGGUAAUCAGGAGAAACCGGAGCAGAAGCCUUGGUUCUAUGUAAAGGAAACGUGAAGAGAGUCGUAUAAGGAUACUCUUUUACACCCGCUGAAGACAAUUUUUGAAUAACUUGGUGUUUGCUAAAGUUUUUUAAAGACUGAAGUGUACCUUUUUUUUUUUCCCUCCUCCAUCAUGGAUCUGCUUCCAGCCCAGGAGGCCGCGAAAAUCUACCACACCAACUAUGUGAGGAACUCCCGGGCCAUCGGCGUGAUGUGGGCCGUGUUCACCAUCUGCUUCUCCAUCAUCACCAUGGUGGUCUUCAUCCAGCCCUACUGGAUCGGGGACAGCGUCAACACGCCGCAGGCCGGAUACUUCGGCCUUUUCCACUACUGCAUCGGGAACGCGCUCACCUCGGAGCUCACCUGCAAGGGCAGCGUCUUCGACUUCAACUCCAUCCCGUCGCCGGCCUUCAGGACGGCCAUGUUCUUCGUGGGGACCUCCAUGCUGCUGGUGGUGGGCACCAUGGUGGCCUUCAGCCUGUUCUUCUUCUGCAACGCAGGGAACGUCUACAAGAUCUGCGCGUGGAUGCAGCUAGCCUCAGCCGUGUUGAUGGUGAUGGGCUGCAUGAUCUACCCGGACGGCUGGAACGCAGACGAGGUAAAGAGGAUGUGUGGCCAGAGGACCGAUAAGUACGCUCUGGGAAACUGCACCGUGCGCUGGGCCUACAUCCUGGCCAUCAUCAGCAUUCUGGACGCCGUUCUCCUGGCUCUGCUGUCCUUCACUCUCGGUAACCGGCAGGAUAAUCUGCUGCCGGAUGGCUUCGAGGUGGAGGGAGCAGGUGAGCGCACAGCUGGAUUAAAACAUUAG